CCGCAGGAGGGCCGCGGGCCGCCGCCCGCCAUUUUCCGCCUCCCUCAGAGGCGCGGGCGCCGCCCGCCAUUGGCCGUCGCCAUCACGUGUUCCCCGCACACAGCGGCUGCGGGGAGCCGCCGCGGACCCCCCGGAGCGGAGCCGGCCAUGAUCUCCCACGCGGACCGGGAGGAAGAGCUGCGGUCCUCCCGCCUGCGCGCGGUCGAAGGGAAGGCAGCUCUGAAUGGCAGCCGUCCAGCUGAGGAAGGGAUUUCGAGCAAGAAAGAGGAGGAUCCCCACCAGGGCAUUCCUGGGCCAGGGAAGCCCAAGGGCUUACUGUCAGAACUAUCCAAGGAGAAGAGUUCCCAGAGUAUUGCACAUGACCAAGUUCCCCCCCACAGGUCAGAAAGGGUUCAGAGACCUCCCCUGGGGAGGAGUCAAAGUCGAGUGAUGCUGCAUGGAAAAAGUUUCAGGAGGCUGCCUGAUACCAUCCAGCAGAGAAAUCCUGCUGCGGGGAGACUGACGAUAUGUGGGGACUGUGGGAAGAGCUUCCGGGUGAGCUCCAACCUCAUCCAGCAUCGGAGAAUCCACACUGGAGAGAAACCCUUCACCUGCUCCGACUGCGGGGAGAGCUUCCGGCAGCGAUCGCACCUCAUCCAGCACCAGAGGAUCCACACUGGGGAGAGGCCCUACGAGUGCACCGAGUGCGGGAAGAGCUUCAGCAUGAGCUCCAAGCUGAUCCGGCACCAGAUAACCCACACCGGGGAGAAGCCCUACAAGUGUGCCGAGUGCGGGAAGAGCUUCUCUGGGAACUCGCAGCUCGUCCAGCACCAGCGAGUGCACACCGGGGAGAAACCCUACAAGUGCAGUGACUGCGGGAAGAGCUUCAGCGUGAGCUCAGCCCUGACACGACACCAGCGGGUCCACACUGGGGAGAAACCCUACGAGUGCGCAGAGUGCGGGAAGAGCUUCAGCCAGAGCUCUGAGCUGAUGAAGCACCAGCGGGUCCACACUGGGGAGAAGCCCUACGAGUGCUCCGAGUGCGGGAAGAGCUUCACGGUGAGUUCUGCCCUCAUCCAGCACCGGCGGUUCCACCUGGGCGAGCGCCCCUACGGGUGCACCGAGUGCGGGAAGAGCUUCACGGUGAGCUCCCACCUCAUCCAGCACCGCCGCUUCCACACUGGGGAGCGCCCCUUCGAGUGCACCGAGUGCGGGAAGAGCUUCCUGUGGAGAUCAGCCCUGCUCCGCCACCACAGGGUCCACACAGGAGAGAGGCCCUAUGCCUGCGCGGACUGCGGGGACAGCUUUCGGCAGAGUGCCCACCUCAUCCAGCACCGGCGCACCCACACCGGGGAGCGGCCCUACGCCUGUGCUGACUGCGGGAAGGGCUUCACCGUGAGCUCUGCGCUCCUCCGGCACCAGCAGAUCCACAGGGCCGGGGAGCCCCAGGAGGGGUGAGAGUGGGGUGCAGUUAGGUCUGGUGCCCAGUGACAUCCCCGGGGAGCAAAGCCCAGCGUCGCUCUCCCUUCGCUCUGUCGAUUGCCCCGCUGAUGGAGAGUGAAGGCAAUUUCUUUUGAGGAGAAUGGAAAGGAGAUUCUUCAGGAGGUCCUAAAAAGUAGAGGUGGAAGAAAGGGAGAGUGGGUGCAGAGAGCUGAACUGGAGGUGUGAUGCCGUGGCGGGAGGAGGUGGUGUUCAGAGGGGUGGCGCUGAGGGGAGACAGGAGGGCGGCCGUUCGGGCAGCGUGGAAUAUUCCCAGUGGUGUGUUUUAGAGGAGGGGAGAUCCCGUGCCUUUGGAGAACGUACAGGGGGAAGUAAACGGACCGUCUUAGAGCCUGCGAACCGCUGACGAGGUAAACAAAAAGACUCGCCAAUAAAGCUUUCACCACACCGC